GCAGGACCCCUCUCUCGACAUCACAGCCCACCUUUCUUCAUCUAUCUUGUUUCCUGCACGACUAAAGUGACGAUUCACGAUGUCCUGGCAAGCGUAUGUCGACACGAACCUCGUCGGAAGCGGCAAGGUCACGAAAGCUGCUAUCCUCGGCCAGGCCGGCGGUGUUUGGGCUGCGUCACCCGGAUACAACCUAUCCCCAGAGGAGCAGAGUGCGAUAGUCAAGGCAUUCUCCAACCCCGAGGCAACUCAGGCUAGCGGAGUCCGUCUCGCUGGCCAGAAGUUCUUCACACUACAAGUGAACGAUCGGAGUAUCUACGGGAAGAAGGGGGCUGACGGGUGUGUCAUCGUGAAGACCAAACAGGCCGUGCUUGUCACGGAGUACGCCGCUCCUAUACAGGCCGGAGAGGCGACCACUGUGGUGGAGGGGCUGGCUGAUUACCUUAUCGGCGUCGGGUAUUAAUCGCACAUGUAAGAAUACGAAUCGCGGAGUAGCGCUUCAUCAAUGUACUUCUGGGUCUGCAUCUUCUGCAUAGCAUAUUCAUAAACAAUUUCUGCUCUGCACUCAC